UCGGUUCUCUAUCUGCUUAGGACACCCUCUGUCUCUGGCAUCAAAAUGGAUGUUCCAUUUGAUGAGGAACUGUUGCAAAACUGCAAUGACACUGAGCUCUCCUGACAAUGACAUUCAGGCUUAUCUUGUCAGUCAAGCAGCUGCAUCCACCAUCAGCAGCGAGAACCUUUCUGCAUCUGUACAGCUGUCACAACCUGGCAUGAAGAAGUCCUGGCAUGAGCACAUCACUCAGGAACUUAGGAAUCACCUAGUGAACAAGCUGGUUCAAGCCAUAUUUCCCAAUCCAAACCCUGCAGCACUGGAGGACAGACGCUUGGAGAACUCGGUUGUUUACACACGUAAAGUUGAAGGGGUAUUUUAUGAGUCUGCCAACAGCAGGGAUGAAUAUUACCACUUACUGGCCAAGAACAUCUAUAAAAUCCAAAAGGAACUAGAGGAGAGGAGGAGGUCCCAACUGUCAAAGCCACUCAUGAACACUCAGCAUCCUUAACAGCCUGAUUUCAUCAGUCCAAAGCUACAGGACCUGAACAA